AUGUUCCGAAACCGGAAGUGCGCCCGUUUUAGCAUCCCGAGCUACCUGCAGGCAUGGCGACGUUGCUCCCCGGGGUCCUGCGCCCCUGGUUCGUACUCCGGGGCCGCAGCCGCUGGGCUCCAGGCAAAGGUGCCCAUCCGAGCUGCGAGCUUUGCUGCGGCCCAGCUCUACCCCGAUCAUAUUCCCACCUCGCCGCUGCAGAAGGCGCUGCUGGCCCUGGGCUCGGCUGGCAUGGCCCUCUACGACCCCUACCGGCACGAUAUGGUUGCAGUUCUAGGAGAAACCACAGGACUCCGAGCCCUGAAGGUGCUCCGGGAACAGAUGAGGGGGCACCCAGAGGGUGCUCAGAUCCUGCAGGAGCGUCCCCGGAUCUCCCUGUCCAACCUGAACCUGGGGAGACUCCGAAGCCUCCCAGAAGGCUCACUAGGCCGCGAGUAUCUGCGUUUCCUGGAUGAGAAUAGGGUCUCUCCAGACACCCGUGCACCCACCCGAUUCGUGGAUGACGAGGAAUUGGCAUAUGUGAUCCAGCGGUACCGAGAGAUCCAUGACAUGCUCCACACGCUGCUGGGCAUGCCCACCAACAUCCUGGGGGAGAUCGUGGUGAAGUGGUUCGAGGCUGUACAGACACGACUGCCCAUGUGCAUCUUGGGGGCGCUCUUUGGCCCCGUGCGUCUCAGCAUACAGAGCCAACGCCUGCUGGUCUCAGAUCUCAUCCCCUGGGCUGUGGAGAGUGGACGACGUUCACCCUGUGUCCUCAACCUGUACUAUGAGCACCGCUGGGAGCAACCCCUGAAGGCGCUUCGGGAAGAACUGGGCAUCACUGAUCCCCCUCGUAUCCCCCGUAAAUGGCCUCGCUCCUGAGCCCACCUGGGGAUUUUCUCUCCACACACAGAUCCAGGGGUCCUUUCCAUCUUCAUCAAAGGUCUUCAAGGCUCUGAGAGUACCUCGUGGGACCAGAAGUCAUUGAUCCAGUUGGAAUUGAGGGCGCACAGGCUGCUCCCUGAUGCCAGACUGGGGG